AUGGAGAAAGCGGCCGAGUAUCUCGCUGAUGAGGUCCUUGCUGAGAAGCAUGUGAAUGUCAAGAAGCCCGGCUCGGUUCACGCAACCUAUCUUCUAUACGGCACGAAGCCGGUCGAAAAGCCAAGCCACCACGAACAUGCCGAUUUCGACGAGGGCAAUGUUUAUAUGGACGGCCAGUACUCGGAGGGCGAAAUGUUCUCGGAUCCGUUCCCCACCGUUUCUAUGACCCUGGUUGCCGAAGAAGCCCUAGAAGAGUCUAUUCACGUCUAUAGCCUUUCUUCUCAGCCGAUGUCGGUAGGUAUCUUCCGUAUUUCCUGGUGGAGCAUGAGCGCUUUGCUCACAAUGGCACAGGAUCUCCAACUUCUUGCCGACUCUACGCGAAAGCUACGUGAACUCACCGGCGCAGAUGUCUCGGACAGUUCCAAGGUGUACGGCACCAUUCACAACCCGCACGUUCGACGGCGUCAACGCAAGGGGCAGGCACCAACAUUGGUCUCUCGCCCUUCCACCAAGCCUGCUUCGAAGCCAACCCUGGCCCCAACCGAUUCUCCCGGGCCGCAAUCGAUAUGGAACAAAGUGGCAAAAUCUGCUACAAAGGACACAAAGGAAGAGGGAAAGACCGAUAAGCCAUCCGUGGACGCGCCAGGGCCAAACUCAAUAUGGAACCGGGUAGCCAAGACAAAGGAUGCCGAGAAAACGGCUGGGGAAACUGCACCAGCACCAGCUGCUUCAAGCGCAGAGACAACGAAAUCAUCUACGCCAGCAAUAGCAAAGAAGACCUCGUCAGGCGGUAUUAUGCAGGCGUUCGCUAAAGGGGCGGCCGCUGCUAAGCCCAAGAAGAAGGAGCCUGUUGUCGUGGCCAAGGAAGAUACGGCCAUGGCCUUGUCAGAUGAUGGAGGAGACGACGACGACGACGAGCUUCUUCCCAAACCUCAGACAGGACAUGGCGUGAAGUCUCGCAAGGAGCGAGAAGAAGAGCUACUCAAGAUGAUGGAAGAAGACGAUGAUGAGGAGAAGUCUGAGGAGGACGAGAAAGAGGGAGAAAACGCGCUUAUGGAAGAUCUACUUGAGGAUACGGAAGAGCCGUCUGCACCGGAAGCACCCGAGAAGGAGGAGAUUACUGAGGUCAUAUCUACCACCACUGGGGAUGGACGCCGCCGUGGCAAGCGCCGUGUGAUGCGAAAGAAGAUGAUUGAAGAUGAAGGUGGCUACCUCGUCACAAUCCAGGAACCUGGCUGGGAAUCUUUUUCCGAGGACGAGGCACCACCUCCGAAGCCAGCUCAGCCAGCCAAGCCAGCCCAGAAGUCACACUCGACCACUCCAGCUGCCAAGGCGAAAAAGCCGGCAGGACAAGGAAGCAUCAUGUCGUUCUUCUCCAAGAAAUGA